AUGCGCGGCGGUCGUCCUGAGAAGAGCGAGCUAAAGCAGUCUGUAUGGUUUUGGCAUUUAAAAGCAUUCAGUUGUGACCACAUGGCAAUUACAAGAUUGGUCCACAGAACUGGGGUAACCGGAAGUGUGGGGGACGAGAAGGAAAUAUACUCAAGAAUGUGUCUCCUAGUUUCUGUUUUUGGAUUAUGUGCAAUGUUAGGCAGCAUUGCUACUGAGAAAGUGUCACCCCGACCCAGUCUGAAGUCAUUCAGAGAUGACUAUGACAAUGUCGCUAAAACAUGUGUGGCUGUUGGCUAUGUGAAAGAGAACUGCAAAAAUAAUCAUAACAAAAGAAACAUGAUUAUAGCAUUCCAGACUAAAGGCAUAGCAAAUAUUCAUACAGUAAGUCAAGGGAAAACCGUCAUGUUUGGAGAAGUAGAUCUGAAUUUAGGAGGAGGUUACAACUCUGUUAAAGGAGUUUUCAUUGCCCCGAAGGCAGGUGUGUACAUCUUUGGUUGGAAAAUAUUUACUGACACAAACAAAAUAGCCUACACCUCUUUAGUCGUGAACGGAAAACGAAGGGCAUACAACCCAUGUCAUAAUAACGGACAUGGUAUCGAUAUGACAUGCAGUGAAAUGGCUGUUGUGAGAAUGGCAGCUGGGGAUAAAGCUUGGAUUGAUUCCUUUUACAGUACAGCAUCUAUUAACUCUAAAUGGUGUUCUUUUUCUGGUUUUAUGUUGUAA